ACAGUUUAACUUGAUAAUCGUAAAGCCAUCGAUCGGAGCUAAUUUUCACCUAGCGGGGUUCUUUCGUUCAUUCUACAAAUAUUUCAAGACACGUGGUGAGUAGUUUCUGAUCUUGGUUUUCCUUUCCUUUUUGUACUGGUUAUUUAGUUGGUUAUUCUAUCCUCUUUAUUCAGCUAUUGCGGUUAUUUUCGCUGUACGUUCAAACUGAGAAAAUAUUUAAAAAAUAUAUAUGAUAUUUAAUCAAUGUUGAUUAGCAUAUGUCGUAAAAUAGUCUAACCUGUUUCCUUUUUUCCCUUAAUGGAGCUAAUAGCAGAUUUUGGAAGGGAAUAGAAAGCUUAUAAAUGAAAUAGAACGUAUUAAUAAUGGCAAUAAGUAGGCUAGUUGCAUUAUGAGUAAGAUUAAUACUGCUAGUAAAGUUCUACGACUGAGCAAAUUCAAGACCUGGAAAAGUCACUCCUUUUUUUUUGUUUAUCUUCUUUUAUGUAAUAUAAGUCUGUCUGUCUCUCUCUCUCUCUCUCUUCUUCUUCUUCUUCUUCUCUCUAUCUGUUAUUGUUAUUGCUAUUAAUAUUACUUCUAUUAUUGAAUUUCUACCUUAUUUUUCAGUUCAAAUACUUGACAGAAAAUUGAAUAACAAUCAAAUCGUAUAAAAAUGGAGAAGGAAAAAUCACCUACCAAGAUCAAACAACGUCCUACUUGGAGUAGAAAGCUCGACUUUCUACUAGCCUGUGUAGGCUUUUCAGUUGGAUUAGGAAACGUAUGGAGAUUUCCAUAUUUAUGCUACAAAAAUGGAGGAGGAGCAUUCCUUAUACCCUACAUGUGUUGCGUAGUUUUUAUAGCAAUUCCAAUAUUCUUUUUGGAAGUAUCUCUGGGUCAAUUUAUGGGAGCUGCUGGAAUGAAAUGUUGGAAAAUAUGUCCUCUGCUCCAAGGAAUUGGAGCUUCAACGAUGAUAAUUAUUUUUAUUCAGAAUAUGAAUUACAACGUUAUUUUGGCAUGGGCUUUUUACUAUCUUUUCGCUUCGUUUACAAGUGUUUUACCUUGGACUCAUUGCGAUAACGCGUGGAACACUCCCAAUUGCAGUGUUGUAAGAAAUUCAACGAAUGGAACAUCGUCGCUAAACGUUACCACUACUACUACUACUACAGUCGAUCCUGCAAUGGAGUUUUGGGAGUGAGUUUAAUAACAAAAACACCAAACUAACAAACAAAAAGUUAUUAAAAAAAAAAAACCUUAAACUAUAACACAAACAAAAGAUGAUAAAAAAAAAAAGCAACAACAAAGUUUGUGAGAGAUGCGAGAGAUAUCGAUAUUAUAAGAGAACACAAAAAAAAACAAAAAAAAAACAAAAACCAUAAAAAAAAAGACUACAAAGAUAAAGAAUCUAAAAUUUCCCCCCCGCUCGGUCCCCCUACAAAUCUCGACCAAAACAAACCCAAUCGAAAUAAUAUGAAAACAAUUAAAACCAAGUGAAACAACAAAGAGCAUUACGUAAAAACAAAACCAAAAAUACCAAUAAAUAAACAACUGUAUAAUAGAAAGGAAUGUAUUACAUAUAGUAAUAUAUAUACUUUAUAUACAGUAUAUAUAAAACAAAAAGCCUUAAAGAGCAUUUUAAUUAUUACAAGUGAGAGACAGAGACUGAGACAAAGGCGCUCUUUACUUCGCGUUCAAGCAGGGGUUUGUUUUUUAUUUUAAAUCUAAAAAAUUCCAACAAAAACUAUACAAAGUGGGGCUUUUAAAAUUAAGGUAGAAUGUCAACGAUUUCGGUUUGCAGGAGAAAGGUUCUGAACAUUUCGUCAGGCAUCGACAAUCCGGGGAAUAUUAAAUGGGAGAUGGCAUUAUGCCUCUUACUCGCAUGGAUAGUCGUUUACCUUUGUGUCUGCAAGGGGAUCAAGUCGUCGGGAAAAGUCAUGUACGUUACCGCCACCUCUCCGUAUCUUUUGAUGUUGGCCCUCCUGAUAAGAGGCGUUACUCUGCCAGGAUCGUCAAAAGGAAUCGAAUUCUAUCUCUUACCGGACUGGUCGAAAUUGUUAGACAGCCAAGUUUGGGUGGAUGCCGGAACGCAAGUAUUCUUCUCAUAUUCAAUUGGUUUGGGUACUUUAACAGCUCUCGGGUCGUACAACAAAUUCCAUCAUAAUGUCCUCAAGGACAGUCUACUAUUCGCUUUGACCAAUUCUGGUACAUCAUUUUUCAGCGGUUUCAUUAUCUUUUCGAUAUUGGGCUUUAUGGCGGAAACUCACGGUACAACUGUAGACAAGGUAGCCGAAAGCGGACCCGGUUUAGCAUUUAUAGCCUAUCCGAAGACUGUAGGCGAAAUGCCCGGGUCAAUUCUAUGGAGUAUAUGCUUCUUUCUUAUGUUGAUUCUACUCGGUAUGGACAGUCAAUUCGGAGGUGUUGAAGGGGUAGUUACGGCUGUGGUCGAUCAGUUCCCCCACCUCUUAAGAGUAGGAAGAAGAAAGGAGAUUUUUAUCGCCGUAAUAUGUUUUUUUUCCUAUCUAGUUGGUUUAUCUAUGGUGACGAGAGGAGGAAUAUACGUUUUUCAAAUAUUCGACUAUUAUUCAACUAGUCGUAUAGUAUUGUUUAUUGGCUUUUUAGAAUGCGUGACCGUUGGCUACCUUUACGGAGCUGGUCGAUUUUGGAAGAAUGUUGAAUAUAUGCUGGGUAGAAAGGUACUUCCUUUAAUAAAAUAUUCUUGGAUGACUGUUACGCCGUCGUUGGCUUUGGUUAUAUUUGUGUUCUCUUGUAUACAAUAUAAGGAGUUAAGAUACAACAAGACCUACGUAUAUCCCAGAUGGGCAAUUGCUUUAGGAUGGAUAAUAGCCUGUUGCUCGUUAAUUCUUAUACCAAUAGUAGCCGUUGUAAAAAUAAUGAGAGCCGAAGGAAGUUUAACAAAGGUUUUUGUAUUCGAUUUUUUAAGUAUUUCAAGUGAAAUCAAUCUUUUAUCUAAUUAAUUUUAAAAUAGAGAUUUUCAACAUUAUUAAAACCGAAAUUGAAGGUUCAUCAGCUAAAAACACUGGAACUUGAUGCCGUCAAUGAAGGACAAGAAAGAGCGGAACUUAAUUCCGCUUAAGCUAAAUUCUUUUAUGGUUUCAGGUGUUGUUGAAUAGUUUCUUCUAAAUUUUCUUUUCCCAAUAGGUUUUAUUUUCUUUCAUUUUUAAAGAAACAAACCUAUAAUUGAUCAUUUUUCUGUUCUUUAUAUAUUUAUAUUAUAUUAUCUAUUGUCACCUCUGAAACCCAGAUUAAUUAAAAAGCUUCUCUUUAGUUCAUUUUUUUUGUUAGAAAACUUUCAGUGUGUUUUUUCAAAAAAAAAAAAACAAUUAUAUAAUACCAGUUUACAGUUUUGUAUGUAUAUAUAUAUAUAUGUAUAUAUAUAUAUAUAUGUGCGAUGUAUAUAUAUAUGUAUACAGUAUAUAUGUAUAUAGUUAUAUUUCAUUAUUUUUGCUGCUUCCAAGCUAAAACCUAGCGGGGAAAAAACACAACAAACAUUCUUUAUUAACAACUAAACUGGUAAUUGUAAUCAAUAAAGUUGAAAAUGGUAAUAAUUUAAUCAGCCAAUUAGAGAGAGACACAGAGAUAUAUAUAUAUAUAUAUAUAUAUAUGGAUAGAGAGAGAGAGAUAGAGGAAUAAAAAAACAUAGACCAAAUUACAUAAUAUAUAAAAAAUAUAUAUAAGAGUAAAUUAAUGGGAAAGGCGAAAAAUUGAAUAAUUUAUUAUAUAAUUGCCAUUGAAACUGGUAGGGGAAAAAUACUUGGUAUAUAUUUUUAAUAGGUUAUGAAUAUAUUAACUAACUUACAUAUGAUAUAAAAUAUUAAUAAUAAAAGAUAAAUCUUAUUGAAUUUGGAGCAAAUAGAAAUAAUGAAAGUUUACUGUUUUUUUUUUUGAAGAAUCUUCCUCUUCUUUUUUCUCUUUCUUUGUUCUGUUUAUUGGUUUUCAUCGGCAGAAUUAGUAUGUGGUCUAGUGAAUGAGAUAAGAUAAGAAUAACACUUUUCCACGUAUUAUCUUCCCUUAUUUAUUCCCUUUUUUUGUCUAUGUCUAUUUCUCUCCGAUUGUCCUUUCCUCAUACUCCCCUCCUCCUCUUCCUCCUCUCUAUCGUUGAACACAUUCACUUUAUAUAAAAAGAAUUCUCAAUGUGGAUAAAUAGACUUAUAUACAUUAACAGUAAUAUAUUGUCAAGACUGCAUAUAAACUCUAUCUAUCUAUCUAAAAUCCCUAGUUUUCUCAAUCUUUCUAGUGUUUGCUCCCGCCAAGAAAGUGAUGUUAAUUUUCGUCCUCUUUUACAUUGACGACUAUUUACUAGUUGACAUUUAUUUAUUGCACAUUCUAGGACAAAUAAUAUAAUGUAUACUAUAUAUUAUAGUACAUAAUAUAAUAUAAACAGUAUAUACGUAUAGGGAAAGUAAUCAAGAAGUAAAAAUUAAGCAAGAAUAUCAAAUCUGUACGUAUAUGCGAACGUAUGUAUGUAUCUAUGUUCGUAUGUUUGUACGUAAAUAGAUGUAUAUAAAUAUAUAUACAUCUAUAUUUAUAUACAAACAAACGCGACAGAAAUUUUUGUUAGUACUAUCAAUUGUUUACGUAUAUAGAUGAUUAUUAUAAUUAUAGCGACGUGUAUCAUGCCGCAUAGUUUAAAGGAAAACAAAACAAAUUUAUAUAUACAGUAUAUAUAUCUAUAUAAAAUAUAUAAACUAUGAAUGUCUUUAUCCUUUUAUGUGAUUGUUUUCAGUCGAUAAAAAAAACGUAAUAUAAAGAGAAUAACAAUAUUAAAACUAGAAAAGAAAUGAAGGAAAGAAAGAAAGCAAAAAGAAAUAAAUAAAGAAAGAAAGAAAGAAAAAUAGAAAAAUGAAUAUAUAAUAUUUAAUAUAUAUAAAUUAUAUUAAAAGUAUAUAGAUAUUAUAUCUAUAGCUUUUCUCUUUUUUUGUUUUAUUCUCUUUUCUCUCAAAUUUAGAUAAAUAUUCGAAAAUAUCUAUUCGAAGAGAAAUAUCCAUCUUUUUUUUGUCUUUUUCCCUUCUAAUACAACCUAUUCAUCACUUACAAUUUUUUUUUUGCUUAGAUAAUGAUAUUAUUAACUAUUUUAUGACUUGUAAAGUGUAAAAUGAUACAUUAUUUAUAGACAGACACAGACAGAUAGACAGUACAUAUAUGUAUAUACAGCAUAUACAGUAUAUAUAUGUACUAUCUGUCUAAACCAAAGCAAUAUAUAUAUAUAUAUAUAUAUA